GCCGAGGGAGACGUGACCAUGAGGGGGAGCGGAGGGUCGUCUGUGACGGCGCGGACGGGGCUGGCGGCGGGGCUGGCGGCCGGGGCCGGCGUCUGCUACUGCGUUUACCGAGCGACCAGCCGGAGAAGGGGGCGCCAGGGAGGAGCCGGAGCCGGGGCAAAGCGGGGAGAUGUUCGCCCCGGGCAGGAGGAGCACCGGGCGGCCGCCCCCACAUUGCUCCAGAAAGUGUCGGCGAUGCCCGUGAUAUCCAGCCCGGGCCGGAAGGGGCCGGAAAACCUUCGGCAAGAAGACGUGGAUCUUCCAAAAUCAUCCCAUGAUCUGGAGGCACACCAUAUACAGAAUCUUGUUCGUUUACUUGACUCUACGAAGGAUCCCACAAUUCAGGAACAAGCCUUGAUUACAUUGAGCAACAGUGCUGCAUUCUCUGCAAAUCAGGAUAUCAUUCGAAAUUUAGGCGGGCUUAUCGUUGUUGGAAAAAUGCUUUCAGUUCCUGACACUAAAGUUAAAGAAAAAGCACUGAAUGCACUUAAUAACUUGAGUAUGAAUAUUAAAAAUCAAGAAGAGAUGAAGAUAUAUAUUACCAUAGUUUGUGAGGAGACAGAUUCAUCUCCCUUGAACUCUGAACUUCAGCUGGCUGGGCUUCGGUUUUUAACCAAUAUGUCUGUUACCAAUGAAUAUCAUCACAUGAUGACAAGCUUCAUACCAUGCUUUCUUCAAAUGCUUUCGGAAGGAAAUGAAAGAACACAGGUUCAGGUCCUAAAAGUGCUUGUGAAUUUAUCAGCAAACCCAGCUAUGACGGAACAUCUCCUUAAUGCUCAGGCACCCUUCUUAUUAUCCCUGUUUGACACCUGCAUAAACAAAGAAGUUUUGCUCAGGGUCCUGGUGUUUGCCACAAACUUAACAAAACUUACGCAAAAGGACAAGAGCAUUACUGUCCAUCAUCACAAUGAAGGUUCAAUUUUUUCUGUACUCUGGGGGAAUACUACAGAGUGCGCUCAGAAGCUAACAUCUUUGUUGUACCAUCAUGACACAGAAGUAAAAGAACAAGUGGCAGAACUGAUAAUGCAGCGGUGCUGAAACUGGAAAUCGUUAAAAACUGUUCAAAAUCAAAUUUCGGAUGCAAAAGCCUAAGCUAAUGCUUAUGAAUGUAGGACUCACAGUAUAUAUAUGUAGGCCUACAUGUUCAUGGAACAGGAAGAAAAGUAGUAGAACUUCUUGCAUGUAUGAAACUGCUUUCAACUUUGAUGGAAAAGCAUUACAGGGUAGAAUUCACAUGAAGCUGUAGAUCAGUACUGUUCAUUUAUGUUGCUAAAUACAAUUUGUGUAGAGCUAAUUUCUGUAGAAAUGCUUCAGUCAUAACUUUGCAUGUUUUGAUUUAAAGCUCUCCGUGUGUCUCAAGAGUCCAACUCAUUUCAAAUAGGAGUUAGGCAUUUUGUGUUGCUGAUUUCAUCCUUGCUACUUUUUAGGUGUCUCAGACUUUUUGUAAAAAUGCUGACAUUUAAGUCAUUUAAUUAUUUUCAGUUCAGACAUUUAAUUAUUUUAAAGAUGAGUCAGCUAUUCUUAUAGCUA